GCCAGACAGGCCUCUCCUAAUCUUACUCAUUCAAAGAAAUUUUCCCCUUUGAGUCACCAUGGCAUUGGCUGGUUACUCCCACCACAGAUCCCUCAGGAUUAGCUGGGACUGCAAAUUAUACUGUUUGCCCAUAAUCAAGUUGAUAAGCUACAACAUAAAUAUAUGCAGGUUCUUGUUCUUAGAAUACAGCAUGAAACAUUUGCUUUCUUUUCUCUUCCUAACAUUUUCACACGAGAUCCAGAAAGGACACAUUGGCCAUUAGAAGAAAGAAAAGAAAAGAAGGAAGGAGAAAAGAAAAAGAAAGAAGGAAAGAAAGAGAAUUUAAGGAGAGGGAAAAAAGGCUAAAAUGGGUUUGCUGAAUUCAAAAAAUCCCCAAACCAAGCAAGCCCAAAUUCUCCUUUUGGGACUUGACUCAGCUGGGAAGUCUACUCUCCUUUAUAAAUUAAAGCUUGCUGAGGAUGUUGCCACCAGUCCUACAAUAGGUUUUAAUGUGGAGAUGCUCGAACUGGAAAGGAGUCUUUCGCUCACAGUCUGGGAUGUUGGAGGACAGGAGAAAAUGAGAACUGUUUGGGGCUGUUACUGUGAGAACACCGAUGGGCUGGUGUAUGUUGUGGACAGUACAGACAAACAGCGACUGGAAGACUCUCGGAGACAAUUUGAGCACAUUUUGAAGAAUGAACACAUUAAAAAUGCGCCUGUUGUUCUAUUAGCCAACAAACAAGACGUGCCUGGAGCUCUGACUGCGGAGGACAUCACCAGAAUGUUCAACGUGAAGAAGCUCUGCAGUGACCGGAACUGGUAUGUGCAACCCUGCUGUGCCAUCACAGGGGACGGGCUGGCCCAGGGGUUCAGGAAAUUAAUUGAAUUUGUGAAAAGCCACAUGAAAUCAAAAGGAGACACUUUGGCAUUCUUCAAGCAGAACUGAGGCUUUGAAAUGUCCAACUCUCAACAGAGACACUGAUGAAGUUGAAAGGGUAAUUGUUUUUCCAUGCCUAGAGAGGAAAGCAAAUUAUUCAGUUGACCAACUUUUCCUGAGAUGUUAUUUCACCUAAAUUUAGUUAAAAAACUUGGAAUAAUAUCUAGAAAAUAUUUAUUUUCAGCCAAGAACUUUAGCAAACUGUGGUAAUGAUAACUAGGAAAAUAUAUAAUGUUCCACAAAUUUUUAUCAUGUUGGAUGGCUUUGAAUAUAGUAGUUACCUUUGGGAUCAAAUAAAUUAUUGCAUUAUCAAUUUUAUAUGACUACUAGAACAAAGUUUUAGUAAGCUGUCUGCUAAUAGACUCAGAAUUCUUCUGGAUUGUUUCCAGCUGUAAUAGGUAUUGCAUUUCCACCAUGCUCCUAUGUUAUUACACAGGAGGGUGGUAUAGCUGGGUGGUGUAAAAAAUGAACAAUAUGGAGAGGAAAAAGUCUGAUGUUAGCAUCUUGCAAAUUCUUAUUCCCUAAAUAAACCUUUCUUAUUCCCUAAA